AAUAUUGAAAUAUUAAACAAUUUGGUUCAAUUUAUCUCUCCUUAUUCCUUCAUCUCCCAUUUGUGUUCUAUAAUUCUAUCCUUUCCAUCUAUUUUAUCUUUAUCCCAAAAAAAGAAUUCAUCCUUUUUUCCCAAAAUAUGGAUCAUCUUGAUGUUUUUUGGUGGUUGAAGUCUUUUCAUGUCUAUUCUAUUCUUAUCUUCAUCACAAUUUCUCUAUUUUCUCUUAUCUUUUAUAUAGUGAGGGUAAAACUUUGGUGCAAUUGUGAAAUUUGCCAUGCUUACAUCACAACAAGUUGGUCUUCACAGUUCAUCAAUUUGUGUGAUUGGUACACACAUCUUCUAAAAAAAUCACCAACAAGAACAAUACACAUACAUGUUCUUGGCAGUAUCAUUACUUCAAAUCCUCAAAAUAUUGAGUAUAUGCUCAAAACAAGAUUUGACAAUUAUCCAAAAGGGAAAACGUUCUCUACUAUCUUGGGUGAUUUUCUUGGUAGGGGAAUAUUUAAUGUUGAUGGGGAUUUAUGGAGAUUUCAAAAAAGAAUAUCAAGUCUUGAACUUGGAAAAGUCUCUAUAAGAUCAUAUGCAUUUGAAGUGGUGAAAAAUGAGAUUGACAAAAGGCUUAUUCCACUUUUAGAUGAAUAUAAACAAAGUGGGGUACUUCUUGAUAUUCAAGAUGUUUUUAGAAGAUUUUCAUUUGAUUGUAUUUGUAGAUUCUCUUUUGGAUUAGACCCUAAAUGUUUAGAAUCUUCACUACCUAUCUCACAAUUUGCUCUUUCCUUUGACCUAGCAUCAAAAUUAUCAGCUAAAAGAGCUAUGACAACAUCACCUAUUGUUUGGAAAAUCAAGAGAUUUUUCAACAUAGGGAGUGAAAAAGAGUUGAGGGAAGCAAUAAAAGUGAUCAAUAUUCUAGCACAAGAAGUUAUAAGGCAAAAGAGAAAAUUAGGUUUUUCAAAUCAUAGGGAUCUUCUUUCAAGAUUCAUGGGAUCGAUAAGUGAUGAAACUUAUUUGAGAGAUAUUGUCAUAAGCUUUCUACUAGCCGGUAGAGACACUAUAGCAUCCGCGUUAACAAGUUUCUUUUAUGUGAUUGGAAACCAUCCAGAAGUCACUAAAGCCAUUAGAGAAGAAGCUAAUCGAGUUCUAGGUACGAAUGAAGAUCUCACAAGUUGUGAACAAAUGAGUGAGCUUCAUUAUCUACAAGCAUGUGUUUAUGAAAGUAUGAGACUUUACCCUCCUAUACAAUUUGAUUCAAAAUUUUGUUUAGAAGAUGAUUAUUUACCUGAUGGGACUUUUGUGAAAAAGGGAACAAGGGUUACAUAUCAUCCUUAUGCUAUGGGAAGAAUGGAAGAAUUAUGGGGUUGUGAUGCUUUGGAGUUCAAGCCUCAAAGAUGGUUGAAAGAUGGGGUUUUUGUCCAAGAAAAUCCAUUCAAGUAUCCAGUAUUUCAAGCUGGACUUAGGGUGUGUUUGGGUAAAGAAAUGGCACUUGUUGAGCUUAAAAGUGUGGCUCUCUCUUUACUAAGGAGAUUUCACGUCGAAUUAGCUCAACCAUAUCACCACACCCCUCAAUUCUCUCCUGGCCUUACUGCCUCUUUCAACGGUGGCUUAUUGGUUUCAGUGCGAGAAAUAAGUCCAUAAGUUGAAAAUAUGGAUCAAAAAAGUACUCCAUAUGUGUAUAUAUUGUUCUAGUCAAAAGUGGUAAGUUCUGUUGAACCUGCAGAACUCGCUCUAGCUAAAGUAGUAACUUAACUAUAUGUGGUAUAGCAUAUUCAAGAAACCCUAAUCAUGGAGGAUGGAACUCAUUUCAAGAUAUCAAGUAAGAAGUUUUUCCCUCUUUUAGCUAAAGGCAAAAAUUUUGUUAUGUUAUGGCAUAUUCAAAAUAUUUGUUUUCUAGCUAAGUGGUAUUUUUUUCAAAUUAUAUAUGUUUUAGCUAUGAAGAAGAUGUUAUAUAUGUAAUUUGUUUCUUGAUAUGUCGUAGAAGUUGUAUAUAUAUACGUAUUGCUUGUUGAACU